CUGGAACAUAGUCAAGGAAACACUCAAAAGCUUUGACAAGCAGGGGCCUGAAUUUGGAAGGUCUGUAUAGGUUCUUCCCGGUAAAGAAGCUAGGAAGUCGCUCUCCCUAACCUUGUACAAGAGGUAGGUAGAGUGGGGUAGAACAAGGAUCAGAAAGGCUUGUGAAGAAGAGGGUAGAAGGAAAGAAAGGGCCUGAAAGAAAGACACCCUCAAGGUGUUUCCAAUCCCAGGAUUGACCUGGGAACAGGGAACCUGUGGAUUCCAGGAGCACAGCACAUUGACUAUGCAGCCUUAGGACUUUGCUUUUCUUUCUGCUUACUGGGGGCAGCCCACCACUCCCAAACAGGUCCCACAGUGGACUCCUACUCCUGGGUGAACAGUUGCUCCUGGUUUUCUAGGAACUUUCCCAGGUUAGGCAGAGAAAAUCCUGUGGUCUGCACUCAGCUCAACUCUGGGCAUAGCAAACCAUUGCCAGAACGUGGGAAGAAGUUCAUUUGUCUCUUGGAGGUACUGGGCGUCAGUUUCUAGUACUGGGUUCCCAAAGAACCCCAGAUAGCCAUGUGCUCAUGUGCCCAGUAGGAAAUAACUGAACAACUUAAUGAACUAUUAUUGUGGGAUGAAGACUAGUUAUGGUGACAAUGAGUAUGUCCAUAUGCUCACGUGCACAGACCCAUUUCUUGGGUCUUUCUCUUUUGGGUCAUCUAGAACUACCUCUAAGUAUGUGCGUGUGUGAGUAUAUGUGUGUGUGAUGUCAGCAGUUCUUUCUUUCUUUGCUCUGAUGUCUCUUCCUACAAGAUAUUGGGUUUGUUAUUGCACGUUACAUUCAAAUCCAAUUUGAACACUUUUUGCAUAUUUCUCCUUCUAGAAAAAAAAUGGAAACACUUCAGAAUGUUGUAACAGGUGGAAAUAAAGGUGGCUGCACCUCAGGAUCAAGGCUACUGAGGAUCCUCCUGGUGGGCAAAUCUGGCUGCGGUAAAAGCGCCACAGGGAACAGCAUCCUCCGACGACCAGCAUUCGAGUCCAGGCUCAGAGGCCAGUCUGUGACCAGGACCAGCCAGGCAGAGACAGGCACAUGGGAGGGGAGGAGCAUCCUAGUGGUAGACACACCCCCCAUCUUUGAGUCAAAGGCCCAGAACCAAGACAUGGACAAGGACAUUGGAGACUGCUACCUGCUGUGUGCCCCAGGACCUCAUGUGUUGUUNCUGGUGACCCAGCUGGGACGCUUCACAGCUGAAGAUGCCAUGGCUGUGAGGAUGGUGAAAGAGGUCUUUGGGGUAGGNGUCAUGAGGCACAUGAUCGUCCUCUUCACCCGCAAGGAAGACCUGGAAGAGAAGUCCUUGGAAGAGUUUGUGACCCACACUGACAACCGCAGCCUGCGCAGCCUGGUUCAGGAGUGUGGGAGGAGGUACUGUGCCUUCAACAACAGGGCCUCUGGGGAGGAGCAGCAGGGGCAGCUGGCAGAGCUCAUGGCCCUGGUGAGGAGUCUGGAACAGGAGUGUGAGGGAUCCUUCCACAGCAAUGACCUCUUCCUUUAUGCCGAGGCACUCCUUAGAGGAGGUUACAGUGUGCACCAGGAAGCCUAUAGGUGCUACCUGGCCAAGGUGAGGCAGGAGGUGGAGAAGCAGAGGUGGGAGCUGGAGGAGCAGGGGGGCAGCUGGGUCCUCAAGAUGCUCCCCAGAGGCGAAACGUCGGAGGUGUUGUGCUCGGCUUUUCAAUGGGGUUUGGUGUUCAUAUUAAUCUUCUUCAUUUGCCUUUUUCUCAUAUUUUAUAAAGUUUUGAAAAAAAGAUGAAAUUUCAAAACCUGUAAGUCAUAUAAAGUACUCAG